CCCAAACCCCCCUUAAAUAAACCUAACACUAAGCCCCUGAAGAUCUUCCUACCUUGUCUUCACCUCACCAGGUAUCACCGAUCGGUCCUGGCUCCAAAAUCUUCAUCCAACCCAAGCGGGGGCUGGCGAUCCAUCAUCCGGUGGCUGAAGAGGUCCAGAAGAGGCUCCAAAGUCUUCAUCCUAUCCGGGAAGAAGAGUAGAUCCGGACCGGCAACCAUCUUGAUCCAAGCAGCAUCUUCUAUCUUCAUCCGAUGAGGACCGGCUCCAUCCUGAAGACCUCCACCGCGGACCCAUCUUCAUCCGGCGACGUCCAACUGAAGAAUGACGGUUCCUUUAAGGGACGUCAUCCAAGAUGGCGUCCCUCGAAGUCUGAUUGGCUGAUAGGAUUCUAUCAGCCAAUCGGAAUUAAGUGUGACAAGAAAAUGUCUUCUCAAGGUUUCCAAACUGUUGUGAAAGGGGAAGCUUCUGAGACAGAUGAUGAAGAGGAAUUGUAUGUGUCCUCUGUUCCAUCAAGUUCAUUUUCUAGCCUGUGUGGUGUGAAAGUCCAAGGAGAAGCAUCGGAGACAGAUGAUGAUGAGGACCCUGCUGAGAAGAUAAAGCCACCACCUCGUACUAUACCCAAGGACCUCCCACCUCUGGUGGUCAUGAGAGACAUUGGUGAAGAUUCUCCAGUUGGAUUAGAAGAGAAGCCUACAGUUAAUAUUAGGCAACAAGGUCGCUACAGUUCACUGCUGCAGCAGAAACUUCUAGAGAGCAAUGCCCGACUCUAUCAUGAUGUCAACAACGCCAUCAGACAAGUUUAUCACACGGCUACCAGUGAAAUACGGACCUUGACCAGUCAGCUCAGCAACUCCCAAACUGGCAUCAUCAAUGCAUCUCACAGUAUCAGGCUCGCUCUUGAGGACUUGAAAGGGGUUUUGGAAAAGAUUGACAUUAUUACUACCUGCAAUUUGCUUCCAGAUAUUCAGAUUUAAAGGGAUAUGAAACCCAAAAUGUUAUUUUGUGAUUCAGACAGAGCAUACAAUUUAAACAAGUUUCCAAUUACUUCUAUUCUAAAAUGUGCCUCGUUUCCAUGAUAUCCUGUGUUAAAGGGACAGUCAACACCAGAAUUUGUCUGUUAUAUUAAUAUACCUUUUACCUCGGUUAUUACCUUGUAUCUAAGCCUCUGCAGAGUGCCCCUUAUCUCAGUUAUAUUAAUAUACAUUUUACCUCUGUGAUUGCCUUGUAUCUAAGCCUCUGCAGACUGCUCCUUACCUCAGUUAUAUUAAUAUACUUUUUACUUCUGUGAUUACCCUGUAUCUAACCCUCUGCAGAUUGCUCCUUAUCUCAGUUAUAUUAAUAUACCUUUUACCUCUGUGAUUACCUUGUGUCUAACCCUCUGCAGACUGCUCCUUAUCUCAGUUAUAUUAAUAUACUUUUUACCUCUGUGAUUACCCUGUAUCUAAGCCUCUGCAGACUGCUCCUUAUCUCAGUUAUAUUAAUAUACUUUUUACCUCUGUGAUUACCCUGUAUCUAAACCUCUGCAGACUGCCCCUUUAUCUCAGUUAUAUUAAUAUACUUUUUACCUCUGUGAUUGCCUUGUAUCUAAGCCUCUGCAGACUGACCCUUAUCUCAGUUAUAUUAAUGUUUUACCUCUGUGAUUAUCUUGUAUCUAAGCCUCUGCAAGUUCUUUUGACAGACUUGCAUUUUAGCCAAUCAGUGCUGACUCCCUAGGUAACUCCACGUGCGUGAGCACAAUGUUACCUAUAUGGCACACAUGAAAUAACACCCUCUAGUUGAGAAACUGUCAAAAUGCAUUCAGAUAACAGGCGGCCUUCAAGCUCUAAGACAUUAGCAUAUGAACCUCCUAGGUUUAGCUUUCAACUAAGAAUACCAAGAGAACAAAGCAAAAUAUGGUGAUAAAAGUAAAUGGGGAGCGUUGUUUAAAAUGACUGCCCUAUCUGAAUCAUGAAAGUUUUUUUGGACUUGACUGUCCCUUUUAAAGGGAUACCUAAGUAGUUGUCUGGAGCACUAAAUGGCAGGAAGUAGUGCUGCCAUCUACUACUCUUGCAUAUGGAUACCAUUCUUGUAACACUGCUGCCUUAUAGUGAUCCAGACACGUGCACACUCCUGAGCUUUUUUUCUUCAAAUACAAGAGAAUGAAGAUUAUUUGAUAACGGAAACAUUUUGGGUUUCAUGUCCCUUUAAGUUCCCCAGUACCACAUAGGGGAGAGCGCAACAAAUUUGGAUAAAAUGUAGAAGCCUGCUAAUAAUUUAGGACAUGUUUGUUUUCAGGGUGCCUGGGGGGUACGUGUGGUUAGAACAGAGCCAGACAUGUUUGUUUUCAGGGUGCCUGGGGGGUACGUGUGGUUAGAACAGAGCCAGACAUGUUUGUUUUCAGGGUGC